AUAAUAAUCAUGGUCUCACUUGCCUGGUUGUCUUGCAGGGGAAGUUUUAUCUGAUUAUUGAGGAGCUGAGCCAGCUGUUCCGCUCCCUGGUCCCCAUCCAGCUGUGGUACAAAUACAUCAUGGGGGAUGAUCCCUCCAGCAGCUACUUCCUGGGUGGGAUCCUGAUCAUCAUGUACAGCCUCUGCAAGUCUUUUGACAUCUGUGGCCGUGUGGGAAGUGUCAGGAAGGCUCUGAAGGUCCUUUGCACCCCCCAGACCUAUGGAGUCCGUGCCACGAGCCAGCAGUGCAGUGAGGCAGGAGACAUCUGUGCCAUUUGCCAGGCAGAGUUCAGGGAACCUCUGAUUCUCCUGUGCCAGCACGUGUUCUGUGAGGAGUGCCUGUGCCUGUGGUUCGACCGGGAGAAGACGUGUCCCCUGUGCCGCUCGGUCACCGUGGACACCCUGCGCUGCUGGAAGGAUGGCACCACCUCUGCUCACUUCCAGGUGUACUGACAUCAGGGCUGGGCACAGGAGCAGCUGGAAAAUCCCAGCAUCUCUGCUCAGUUUUGUUGUCUGUUGUUUUGCUGUCCUUCUUCCAGCUCUGAGCCAACUGAACAAUUGUGACUGGCCAGAAACUUGAUCCUGGAAGGCAGGGGAGGUGUGGGUGGUUAUGGUGAACUCCAGGGUGUUUCUGGAGCUUCCAGGGUUACAGAGGGUCUGGGAUGUUUCCUAUUUUCCUGUCCUUUAGUAUGGACAAACACUGAGUGUCCAGGGCAGGGGAGCUGCGAGUGCUGAAGUCUGUGCUCUGCCUGAGGAGCUUUGCGUUACCUGGCCCUGCAUUCCCUGAAUCCGUGACUUUGCAGGAUGACACAGCUCCUCUCCCUGAGAACUCUUCCCAAGCUUCAGAACCUCGUGUCCAAAGCUGUAGUUGGAGAAAUGUGAUUUCCCAGCUGCAGCUUUUCCAGCUGAUUCCACAAAUGGCACACGUUGUCACCUUCAGAAAAGCACAGGGAGCUUGGGAAGGACCCGCCAGGGAAGCUGGAAAUGACACUCUCCUUUCCCAUGGAGAGUUUCCCAACAUUCCCUGGAAAUGUUUUUCCUCUGUAAUUUUCAUGAAGAGACUUUCUGAUUUCCCAGUCUCUGGGGAGAACAGAGGGAGGUUAAAGCUGAGUUUGGUUUGUCUGGGUGGAAAUCCAGCACCUGACCAAGAGCAUCUCACAAACUCAGUGCCCUGUGCUCCUCAGCCAGGACCUGCCUGGCAGGGAAAACCAGAGCCUUGAGCUUCAGCAGGAGAUCCCUGACAGGAAUUACCAGGAAUUAACCCCAUCCCUGUGGCCGAGGUCUCUGCUGAGGUUCUCCAGCAGCACAAGCCCUCAGAGGGAGCUACUGUUUGUUCUAGAGCUUUCCCUGUCCCCAAACCACCUCUGCUCCGUCAGGAACAGCAGCAUCUCCCCAGCUCAUUGCCAUGGAAAUGGCUCAAGGUGACAGCCCCACCUGAGCCAUCAGGGAAGAGGCUCCUGAGGGAGGGAGGCUGUGUCUGUGCUGAUGGAAACUCCACAGGGGAGGGAUGAAACGGGAGCUGAUGGGAACAGGAUUAAAGCUCUGCAUUCCUUUGGAAAUAACAGCUCAGUGUGGCUGAGGAGGAAUGGUGAGAGCAGAACCUGAGCUGGGGAGAGUCCAAACCUCGCCUGGGAGGUCCAGGGAAGCAGAGGAGGAAAAGCUUUACUUUCCAAAACAAAGUGAUGUCAAAUUCUUGUCUAAUGGAUCCUGUGGAAGUGCAGAAUUAAGGCAAGGAAUCUCAUUGCUCUCUGCAAUGGGAGUAGCUUCCCUAUCUUUGGGAUGGGAGAGUUCAGAACAGCAGGGAGCAAGGUUUUCAUUGGGCAUAAAAAAUGUUACGUGGGACAGCCUGGAAUAUUCACCAGGAAAAGGGGAAAUCAGUGAUUCCAUGGGCAGGGAGUUUCUGGAAAGCCUCAGUGUCACUGCAGUGCCAGUGAAGCUGAGGUUUGGUGUUUCUGCUUUCAAACUGUUUGAAAAGCUACUUCUCAUUUUGAUGUUUUUACCCUACAUGCUCCUGGAAAAUGUGUUUGGAGAAGUGUAGGAAAAGCUCAGUAGGAGCCCAGCUCUACAGAAAGUGUGGGAUACACUGCUUCAAAAUUCAGUUUUUAUUUGGCAGUAAGACAGGAAAUCAAAGGGAAAGUGUGGGUUUGCAUUCUUAAAGUUUUGGGGUCUUUCUGGGGAGGAUGGUCCUCCCUUCUCAUGGAAUACGACUCUUGGACCAGAAACUUCAGUUCCAAUGAGAGCUGCUGGGAACCUGUUGAUUUCCAUGGGAAAACAGGGAAGGCUGUGGAAGGAAAUUCCUCCGAGAGAGAAAAUAAAAUCCGGAGCCUUUUUUUGCCAUUGAACAGUUAUUUUUCUUUUUUUUUUUUUUUUUAAUAAAUUCCUUAUAAAUAUGUACAAAGAGUCUCAGCAUAUGAAAUUCCUUUUACAAAAGAGAGAAGCCCCAUCCAGCCAGGACCAGGAGCCUCCUGGAGCUCCAGGAACUCGGAGCACAGGCCCUGCCCUUGCUUUGGUGAGGGGGAAACCUGCACAGUGACCCUGCUGGAGUUCCAUCCCAAUGGUAACCAGCAAAACGCCAGGAAUUGGGCAUUCCCUGCCUGUCAUUCCCUUGGCAACGCCCCUGGGAGACACUGGGGAAUUCGCAGCGGCCUCAGGACUCACGAGGACGGGAGGGCUUUGUGAUAAACUCUGGUGAAUGGCUGGAAAAGGGAUGCUGUAAAAACCCAGGGAAUUAAAUCCCACUGCAGCUGGGUUUGCUCUGCUUGGUGCCACCUCUGACUCCUGAUGGAGUAACUAAUAAAGGUGUGACUAAUUAAUAAUGGUGGAACUUAUAACGGCCAUUUAAUCCUCAGAUGUUUUCAGUGAAUGUUUAUCAAGAUCCAAAGUCACUUUCUGUAAAUAUAAAAAACUUUGGGAAAUUCAAGCACUUCAGUAAUUCCCCCAGAAUGGACACUGAAGUCACAUCAAAAUUCGCAAUAAAUAUUGUAAUGGAAAAAUUACAAUUUUGUCUGGAUUUUGUGGUGUAGAAACCCAAGGCAGGAGCAGCAGGUGAGGAUCCCUCCCCUCUCCUCAGACUGGCUGGUCCUAGGGAAGCCCAAUUCCCAUGGUGUUUACAAUUCCCUGGAUCUGGAAUUGGCAUGGCCGGAGUCUCCUCACCUGUUGUGAUGAGAUGGAAAGUUCAGCUCACACACAGCAAAGUUACACAAGAAUGAGGCUGAGUUUGAAGCCUGGAUUGAAAAUCAAAUUUUCUGGGGGCAAACUGGCUCCAAGUAAAGUUGUGCAGCUGCUGGGGAGCUGGGAUACAGCCAGGAGGGUUGGACAUGGACAGUAUGUGUCCAGGAUCCGGUGUGGAGCCUCAGGUAGCCUGUUCUAUACACACCAGGCUCCUGCUGAGAUCAGGGACAGAUGUUGUGUAGGAAAACUGAGUAUUAUGUGCUAUUCUGUCCUCACUGGGGCCAUUUUUCACAGGGCAGCUCAGUUUUCCAGCUGGGAAUGCCUCAUUCCAGGCUGUGGACAGACACUGCACCAGUUUAACCAGUUCAGUUUGUCGUGGAUUUCAACAGCAGGAACCGCUUCUGCUCAUGCUGAGGGUUUAAGAGACCUUUCUAACUUUUACUGUGAUACAGAAACAAAACAAACUCACCAAUCAGAUGAAAUUGAUUCAAGAAGUGUUUGGGAUUUAAGGGAAUUGCUUUAGCAACGGGCUUGGCUCAAAGAGGAAUUGCUGCCUCCCUCUGCUUUGAAGCAGGAGUGGGAUGGGUUCUCCCCCUCCCCACUGGCAGCUCCCUGCUUUGGGUGAUUUGCUGUUUGCCUGGGCACACCAAGCUGUGUGACACGAGGCCUGCUCCCAUUCCACGCUUUUUUACCUGCGGGAGAAGAGGAAGGAAUGUGGAACUCAUGGGCCAAGCCCUGCCCUGGUGUAACCCAGCAGUGGCAGGUGCAGCAGCCCACACCAGGCUGCUCUUUUACCUUGGAAUACACAAUUCCAGGUUGUGCUGCGAGCUGUCUUGGCAGAGAAGCGCUUUAAAAAUUCAUGCAGAGCUCCCUCCCAGCCGUGCUGUGCGCAGACCAUGAGCUCAUAACUGCGCUCUGCUCGCUGCUGAAACCCGAGAGGGCUCUGUUCCUCCAUCUGGAGAGCCCUCCCUGGCCUUCCCAGCUGACCCAACCCAGGGAUUGCUUGGCUGCUGUGAGAAAACAAAAGGGCCAGAGGGGAACUGUGCCGGUUUCCUGCCCACAGGAGGGGACAGGGAAUUUCCAGGGAGUUGACAGCACCCUUCCCUUUCCAUGCAAACACCAACCAGGGGCAAAGCAGAUCUUGUAGAAAGGAUAAAAACACUCCUUGUCAAAAAAUGGAGGCGUUCAAGGAUAGCAAUUACACCACAAAAUGUAAGGCUUUGACAAAUCUGCACCCUCAAACAAAGAAUUCCAGUUCUGUACAGGGAAUUCUGGCUACAAAACUCCAAAACUUCACCCUGGGCUCAUGCGAAACAUCCAGUUUGGAACUACAAAAGUGAAGCAAACCAGGAACAAUGCAGGAUUUGGGGUACCAGACCUGUUCCCACUUGGGAAGCACCAUGGAUGUGCUUGUUCCAUGCUGGGCAGGACAAGUCUUUCAACAUUUUUUGCUGACUGUUUGGAGCUCCUGGGGAUAGCAAUCCCCUGGAAACUCUGAGGUUUGGGAAUUUUUACAGACAAACCUGUCCACAGAGGGCUGGGACUGAGGGAGAUCAGCCAAUCCCUGCACUGGGGCUGAUCACAGAUUUGGGGGCUCUCCCGAGGUGGGGAAGACAGAAUUUCCUUUCCUUUUCCUUGGCUGUGCUGUUCCAAGGGAAUUGAAACACUGGGAGCAGCCUGAAGGCUGCAGCCCCCAACAGCCAGGGCAGCAGGAGAGCCAAGGGCAGUGCCAGCUGUGUGCACAGGGAAAUGGAAUAAUGCCUGUUCCAGGUGAGCAGUUUAUUACAUUCAGAGCUGGUAGGGGUGAGGAGCCUGUGGGAGAGCUCUGAGGGAUGUGACCCAGCUGCAGGGGUGUCCCCUACAGCCAAGUGUCACAUCCAUGGUUCCCGUUCAAGUGUGACUUGUGCGAUUCCAUCUGCACAAUCUCACUCCCACACUCCAGGGAUUUCCAGAAACUGGUAUUUUUAAGGCUCUGCCCAGCACUGGCAGCACUGCUGCAAUCAGCUGAGGCUCCUCCUUUUGUUAGAAGAAUUUGUCCUUGUCUCUGUAGGAGACUGAGCCGGGAAGGGGUUCAGGAUGCUGAGGAUCACUGAGCAUCAGGCCAAAAAUGGCAGGAAAAUGUUUCACUGGUCCCUGUGGCUCUGGGACCAUCCAAAGGGAAUGGACAGACAAACUACACGGAGCUACACCACCCCUCCCAACACUGCACAUCACCUAAGGCAGGGCAAGCUUCUUCUCUAGGAACAAUCUGCUCUUCCAGCAGAGCCCUUGCUGCUGUUUGGGAAUGGACUUGGAUCAAUAACAGCCAGGAAAAUGCGUGCAGGGGCUCAAAACGCUGCGGUGAAUAUUUGAUAAAGGGAGAAUUUAGCUUUCAGAUUGCUUAGAAACAUUUCUCCUGCAGCAGUGGAAAAUGCAGGGUCUGACUGAACACAGCAGCCACUCGGCUUCUUCCUGGGCUGGGCAAGGGGUGGGAAGUAUUUUUAAAAGACAAGGAGCCAAAUUUCCUUUAGAAAUCGGGUCCUAACAUUCCUUUAUGCCUUUGAAAAUGCCCUCCCUGCCAUGGCAGGGUCAGUUUUCUGGUGCAAAUAUCUGAAGGUAGGAAAAAUGUUUCUAAAAAACUGUGCACAGGUUGCUGUAUGUGGAAGGUACCCAAAAUCUGACAGGUAGUUUUGGCUGCAAGGAAAAAAGUGCUCAGUACUAGACUGAAAAAAGCCCUUUGACUUCUAAGGCCAAGUUCUCCUGUUAUCCCCUGCUCUAGUGAUCAGUCUGGAGAAGAGUUCUCUUCCCUGGUUCAUGGGAUUUGGGACUGAAUAAAUCACCAUGCAGGAGAAUUCCCAGCUCUGGAGCUGUAGGAAGUGCUGCUCUAGCAGACUCCCAUGUGCACACUGCAGUGGAAAGGGCCCUGUGUCCUUUCCACCUCAGUGCCUGCUGCUUCCCAAGCUCCACACUGUCAAAAGAAAAAGAACUGCUCCAAAGAAAAGGAGUUUUAUAAAGUUCUGGGGUAGAUUAUUUGUUUUGUCUUAGUUUCUGCAGAGAUUAAAAGAAAGAAAAAAAAUAGCACCUUCUCAACAAGUCUUAUUUUUUGCUAUCUUGUGUAUAAAUAUCAAUAACCAAAAUAGAUCUUUCCUUGUCCCACGUUUCAGAACAUCCUCUUGGGGAAACUGUAGCACCACAGAGAGGCAGUUUAGCCCCAGACAAAUAUUAAAUGUAGCACCAGAGAAACUAAAGUCAUAGGAAAGCUGCUCUCCCCUGGUGCCAGAGCAUGAAUAUUUACACACACAAACUGCUGUCCGAGCCGCUCCGCACCCGCUCCCCGCCACGCCUGGGCCGUGCCCGCGCUGCAGCACGAUUGGAAUUCUCAGGAUUACUAAUGUGGGUGUAGAGAUUCCUCCUCAUCCUGCUGCAUAAAUGGGGCAGUGGGUGGUGUCCAGCAGGGCCAGCAGCAGCGCCAAGGCUCGGCCUGCAGGAGCAGGGCUGCUCACAGCAGCGAUCUACAGGGAAUGUCGCUUACGCUCUCGACAAGGCAUGCACGCGUCCACGUCUGCAUACACAGGGGUUACAUUCUUCUAUAUAUAAGCAGGUUUUGUGUCUCUGGUUUGCUGCUGGGCCCUUGAACAGCUCCUUCCGGGCAAAUCCUCCUUCUCACGUCGCCCAAAGCACUUCCAGCAUCUCCCACUUCUUUCUUUCUCUCCACUCCUCACAGCUGCUGCUCAGGCUCUGGAUUCCCUGGAGGAAAAGGGGAAACAAUUUUCUCCAAGGGCACAGGGUUUGCUCCAGCCUAAGAAAGCAAAAGAACGGGGCUGGGUGUUAAUUAUGUUGAUGCAUUUGGUGCAAUAAAAGCUUCUUUUAAAUUUA